ACUAACCCGACAGAAAUUAUGUAAUUUGAUGAAAUAAAAAUAAAAUUAUCGAGCGAAGCAGGGUUUUGGUGUAGCCCCUAUCCGUUGGAGUUCCCACCCACCCCGACGAAAGGAACCCCCACCGUCUGAACACUCCUCCCUCCUCUUCUUCACGCUAAGCAUCAAGCUGUGAUCUCAAUUCUUCUUAUAAGGCGUUAGCAGGCUGAGUCAAAUUGCCAGAAGAUUUUAGUAACAAUGACUGUAUCUGGGUUGAGUGGUUGUCUUUCAAGAUGUCCCCAUUUACCUCCUGGUUGCUUGGCAUCACCCCAUGUCCGGGUUAUGGCCUUAUCUGUGGCUGGGAAACGUAAACAAGGGACAAUGUGUCUCCGAGUGGAAAGAACAAGUUUUUCAUCUCCUGUAUUAAAAGGAAAUAGACGACAAAUCCAAUUGGUCAGAAGUGCCAUGGAUGCUUCAUUUGGUGAUAUGGCAAAUGAUUCUACUGCUGUUUUUCCAAGAAUUAAUGUGAAGGACCCAUAUAAACGACUUGGAAUAAGCAAGGAAGCUUCUGAAGAUGAAAUUCAAGCAGCAAGGAACUUUUUAAUUCAACAAUAUGCAGGGCACAAGCCAAGUAUGGAUUCAAUUGAGUCAGCGCAUGACAAAAUAAUCAUGCAGAAGUUCUAUGACCGUAGGAAUCCAAAAAUUGACUUUAAGAAAAAAAUGAGGGAAGUCAAUCAAUCUAAAUUUCUUCAGGCUAUCAGAGGAAGAUUUCAGACUCCAUCCACAAAAUUCAUUAUAAAAACUUCACUAGUAUUCUUAUUACUUGGAGUUCUGACAGUUCUCUUUCCGACUGAAGAAGGGCCAACACUUCAAGUAGCGCUAUCUCUGAUCGCUACAAUAUAUUUUAUACAUGAUCGUCUGAAGAGCAAGAUACGAGCUUUCCUUUAUGGGGUUGGAGCAUUUAUUUUUUCGUGGCUGUUGGGAACCUUCUUGAUGGUGUCAGUGAUUCCUCCUAUUCGAGUACUUAAGGGACCAUGCGCAUUUGAAGUGAUCUCGUCAGUGUUAAGUUAUGUUUUUUUAUGGGUUUCAUCGACCUAUCUUAGAUGAAGGCUUCAGCUAUGUAUCUCAAUUUGACUGCUGGGUGAUUUUAGCAUAAGACCAGUUUUGCAGUGGACUUUUCACAAAAUGUUAUGGCUUAAUAUAUUUAGCGGUUAAAUUAUGCCUUUUUUUUAAGAAGAAGAAAAUAAGACUUUGAUAUCA